AUGGCUCCUUUGCUGCGCCCAGCCCUCCCUGCUGCGCGCCCUGUCAUUCCGAAGGGCGAGAGGCGGGCGGGGAGCAGGAGCGGCUGGGGCGCCUGUCACGGGCGUGGGGCCAGCCUGCGGCGGUCGCCGCGGGGCGCGCUAAUUCAUGCUGGGUGGGCGCCGUGCUUCUCCAGCGGGGCGGCACUGUACAAAAAACAAGACAAGAGGGGGGGUAAGUCAAGCACCAGGGGAGACAAUUUUCCUGCAGCGGUGAAUCAAGCACGCGUUCAGUGCCUGGAGUGGUCCAGACAAGCCCGCGGUCAGGAGGAAAGAGGCGGGGAGGAGAAGGAGGAGAUGGAGGAGGAGGAGGGGGAGGAGGAGGACGGGGACGAAGAGCAGAAAAGGGGAUAAAUAGGAAGGGAGCCAUGCAAUCUUCGGCGAAUUCGGGAAUCGCAUAUACCGUC